GUUUCAAUCAAAAUAAAAAUAAAAAAGGUAUCGAAACAUCUCAUGCUAAAAUUUAUCAGAUUUUUAUUAUAAAAAUAGUUGGGUUUAUUGUAGGCGAACAUGGACGCGGAUAAACUCAAUAGAGAGUUACACAUUUUCCGGAACCACGUGAAAAUCGCUCGGGAAAACAUCAUCCACAAACUGGUACGGGACGUUCGAUUCUGGAGCGCCAAAGUAAAGGAUGGUAGCAAUCCCCGUGCGGCGCGUAAGUUGGCCUCCCUAGAACCGUUAAUUCCGCAUAUCCGUACCCAGCCGGCCUCGCAACUGGCUAAAGCAAUUAUCCGGUUUAACGCUAAGAAGAGUUCGACAGGUAACAGCUCGUUGGAAGAUCGAGCUCUGUCCAGAUUCUUCGAACACAAAAAGUUACAGCCCGAGGUUCGAGCUCUGAUCCGAAGGUUUGGAUUAUCUAGUAAGAUGGAGGUAUUGGAUAAGUACCUGAAGAAUUCCUCUGGCGAUCAAGCCAAGAAAAAAUCGAAAAAGAAGAAGGGACGAUCUAACAAGGGGAAGGGAAAGGAAAGUGUAAAAGCCAAAUCGAAAAAGGUUGACCAGGAAUCGGACGAUCAGGGAUUCUGUGAAGGAGACGAACCAGGAAAGCCUAAGGAAGACGAGGAAUCAAUGGAAAUCGAGGAAAAUAUUUCAGAAGCUUCGGAUAACGAAUCGGAGAAUGGAGCUGGGAAAUUUGUAAAAGUAACGCCUGCAAAAAACAAACCUAAUAAAAAAUUAAAGAAUCAAGAGGCUUCUAAAAAGCAGAAAAAGAAAUUGGCUGCCAAUUCUCCUGAAGAUGAACAUGAUGAAGAAAAAAUCAUUCAAAUUCAGGACAGUUUUUUCGUCACUUCCUCUGGUCAGAGUUAUGUCGCAACGGCACCAGCUUUGGACAAAAAUUCAGAACAGGAAAAAGUUGAAGAAGAAUACGAUUGGAAGCGAUCGAACAAAAGGAAAAACAUCUCCGGGAAUGACACUAGAACGUCAACUAAAAAAACUUCGGAUACAGAUAUGCAUCCAUCUUGGAAAGCAAAGCAACAACAGAAAGGUUUGAAGCCAUUCGAAGGAAACCGAAAGGUAUUUGGAGAUGAUGGCAGUAAGUCGCAGUCUAGCAAACGAGUUAAAACUGAUCCCCAUCCGGAAGACAUUCAUCCUUCGUGGGCGGCAAAGCAAAAGCAAAGAAGCAUUCAACCUUUCGCCGGGAAGAAAAUAAACUUCGAAUCCAACGAAUCGGACGCAGCCUGUUUUCCCAAGCAAUCUGCUACUGUGGAACCAUUCAAAGUGAAAAGUAAAAGCAUUAACGAUACCGACUCACGGUUGGAAGAUUUACACCCUUCGUGGGCGGCCAAACAGAAGCAGAAGGGUUUGCAGCCCUUCAAGGGGAAGAAAAUUGUGUUCGACUCCAUCGGUGGUGGGGAGUCGAGCUCCUCGAACGUGAAACAGCACAUAAGUAGUCCGGCGGAAGUGCCAUCGGACCUGCACCCAUCCUGGCUUGCAAAACAGAAGGAGAAAGGUAUUCAGGAGUUUCGGGGAAAGAAAAUUACCUUCGGCGAUGAUUAGGUUUUUCACUAAGGCCUAGCUUUUAUAAUGCCAUUAAUACAGGUUGGCUUUUUAGAACCGAUGCGUUUGUUUAAAGCGGGUUAAACCUUAACGUUUAUGGAUUAAAUAUUUGUUUUAGUUGUAACACGUGUUA